AUGGCAUCAUCGGCGAUCUUCCUACUGGACCUCAAAGGGAAGGUGAUUAUCGCCCGGAACUAUCGGGGUGAUGUCGAUAUGGGCGUCAUCGACAAGUUCAUGCCGCUGCUCGUGGAAAAAGAGGAGGAAGGCAUGGUUACUCCGAUCCUCAUCCAUCACGAGGCCACCUUCGUCUUCAUCAAGCACAGCAACCUUUACUUCGUUUCAACGUGCCGAACAAACGUCAACGUCUCACUAGUACUGUCUUUUCUCUACAAAUCAGUCGAGGUUUUCACCGAUUACUUCAAAGAGGUGGAAGAAGAGUCGGUGCGCGACAACUUUGUCGUGGUGUACGAGCUGCUCGACGAGAUGAUGGAUUUUGGAUUCCCGCAAGUUAUGGACAGCAAUAUUCUACAAUUAUAUAUUACCCAAGAGUAUCACAAGCUCGAAAAAGCGCCGCGGCCACCGAUGGCCGUCACCAAUGCGGUCAGCUGGCGAAGCGAAGGGAUAAAAUAUCGGAAAAAUGAGGUGUUUCUGGACGUUAUCGAGAGCGUUAAUAUGCUGGCCUCUGCAAACGGCACUGUUCUCCAAUCCGAAAUCGUGGGUGUCGUGAAGAUGCGCGUCUACCUGACCGGGAUGCCCGAGUUGCGUCUCGGCCUCAAUGAUAAAGUGCUGUUUGAGGGCAGCGGACGCGGAAAGAGCAAGUCCGUCGAACUGGGGGACGUCAAAUUCCAUCAAUGCGUGCGGUUGUCAAGAUUUGAGAGUGAUCGAACGAUUGCUUUUAUACCUCCAGACGGCUCGUUUGAAUUGAUGAGCUAUCGGCUAAACACCGUUGUAAAGCCGCUGAUCUGGAUCGAGACCUCUGUGGAGCGGCAUUCCCACAGCCGAGUGGAAUAUAUGAUCAAGGCGAAAUCUCAAUUCAAACGAAGAUCAACAGCUAAUAAUGUUGAGGUCAUCAUCCCGGUGCCCUCCGACGCUGAUUCCCCAAAGUUCAAAACAAGCAUCGGCAGCGUGCGCUACACCCCCGAACAGUCAGCAUUUGUAUGGACCAUCAAAAGUUUCCCCGGCGGUAAGGAAUACCUGCUCUCGGCGCACUUUUCCUUGCCUUCCGUCGUCCGUGAAGAAUCGGAGGGGCGCCCGCCGAUCAAAGUGAAAUUCGAGAUCCCGUAUUUUACGACUUCCGGAAUCCAGGUCCGCUACCUGAAGAUCACCGAGAAAAGUGGCUAUCAAUCAUUGCCCUGGGUGCGCUACAUCACUCAAAAUGGCGAGUACCAGAUGAGGAUGAAA